AUGAAGGCUUCUACUGUCCUCAGGUUCCAACAGUCCACGGUUGCCUCCUUAAGAAGGCCCACCCAGACUUACAGAGAUGGUCAGAUAUGGUACGGUUACACCAAGUCGGGCUCCAAGCGUCACCCUCUUUACACCAAGCUGGGUAACAAGAACUUCUACAAAGGUACUCGUUCCUCCGGUAUUGGUAGCUUGACCAAGCACGGAAAAUACAUGGUCAACUGGGACAAGGUCAGAACAUACGUCGUGCCAAGUGACUUGGCUACCACCGACCUCAAACCAUUCGUUUCAGUUGACGUUCCACAGAUCAUGCAAAAGACCCCUGGUUACAGCGAUAGCUUCAAAAGCCCCGAGCUUGCGUGGAACAACAUCAAAGACUUCAUAGAAUAUGGCGAGAACUACAACGACGUGGACUUGGAGAAGAGCAACUACUUGGAAGAGUUUGUGAACCCGCAGCAGGCCCAAGCGGAGGCAGAAAAGAACUCUGUCAUCGUGAAGGACUAA